AUGAGUUGCUUGGGCCGCUGCGCGGGCCCGCGGCGCCUGCUGCGCGGGGCCUGGGCCGCGGCGCGCUCCCGCUCCGCGCUGGCGGCSGGCGCGGACAUGGACGUGGCGGAGCUGCUGCGGCGCUCCGUGCCGCCGCUGCCGCCCUACGAGACCAAGGGCAAGGCGCCGGGGGCGGCGGAGCCGCGCGGCGCCGAGUUCGUGCGCUACUACCGCGGCCUGGAGGGCGGGCCGCGCCGCGCCGAGCUGCUCGCCCGCCUCGCCCGCGACUUCGGCGUGGAGCACGGGCGCGUGGCGGAGCUGAGCGCCAAGGUGCUGCGGGCGCGCGAGCAGCGCAGGGAGCCCGGCGCCCUGCUGCACGCCGAGGACCGGCUGCGCCACUACCUGACGCCGCGCUACCGCGGGCUCUUCCAGCAGCUCGGCCGCCUCGAGGGCGGCCUCCGCUUCCUCGUGGAGCUGCGCGCCGACCUGGUGCACGCGCUGGCCACCAAGGCGCUGGACGGGCCGCACGUCAAGGAAAUGAACGGAGUUCUAAAGAACAUGCUUUCAGAAUGGUUUUCGACAGGAUUCUUAAAUUUGGAACGGGUCACUUGGCAAUCGCCUUGUGAAGUUCUCCAAAAAGUUAGUGAUUCUGAAGCUGUGCAUCCUGUUAGAAACUGGCUUGAUAUGAAGCGUCGAGUUGGGUCAUAUAGAAGGUGCUACUUUUUUUCUCACUGUGCAAUCCCGGGAGAACCACUGAUAGUCUUGCAUGUGGCACUAACCAGUGAAAUCUCCAGCAGCAUCCAGGCCAUAGUGAAAGAAGUUCAUCCUGUAGAAACUGAAGAUCUGAACAAAAUUACAACAGCAAUUUUCUAUUCAAUCAGUUUGACUCAGCAAGGACUUCAAGGUGUUGAACUUGGGACUUACCUCAUCAAACGGGUUGUAAAGGAGCUGCAGAAAGAACUUCCUCAGAUAAAGGAUUUUUCUAGUCUUUCGCCUAUCCCAGGAUUCACAAAAUGGCUUGUUGGCCUCCUCUCAUCCCAGGCUAAAGAAGUGGAAAGAAACGGACUGUUUACAGAAUCAGAAUGGCAAGAAAUCUCGGAGAUCACAGGAGGCCCUCCGGCCGAAAGGCUGAAGAAACUCCUAAGUAACAACGAAUGGGUGAGAUCAGAGCGGUUGGUCCGAGCGCUCCACUUGCCUCUGAUGAGGCUCUGUGCCUGGUAUCUGUACGGAGAGAAGCAUCGUGGCUACGCUCUCAACCCGGUCGCCAACUUCCACCUGCAGAACGGCGCGGUGCUGUGGCGCCUGAACUGGAUGGCAGACACCAGCCCCCGGGGCCUGGGUGCCUCCUGUGGCCUCAUGGUGAAUUACCGCUACUUCCUGGAGGAGACGGCCCGCAACAGCGCUGCCUACCUGGGGAGCAAGCAGAUCAGAGCGUCGGAGCAAGUGCUCUCCUUGGUGUCCCAGUUUCAGCAAAACAGCAAGCUUUAAAUACUGUUAAAAGUAAGAGCAAGGGUUUCUCACUGCAAAGAGCUGUGAUGCUCUGUGGUGCCUGUGUUCAGUUGAGAAUACCCCUUAUAACAACCGUAU